ACUAUUAAAACGUGAACAGUUAUGUAACAAUGAACAAACUGAAACUUCUUUAAACUUCCCGGUUGGCAAUUUUUAUUUUUUUUUUACUGUUUGAGGACAUCAAAAGGAUAUGGGUAUUAUUUUUGCUCUGGUUCUGUUUAUGGUGUCACUCGUUUCUGGAGACACUAUUCCAACGUCUAGACCAUCAAUUUCAAAUCAAUAUUCGUCAAGUGGAUAUGAAGGCGAGACGAUGAAAUACAGUUGUUAUCUGUCUUCUCUUGGAGACCCCCAAGUCAGAUGGAGCUGGUUUUGCGGUCAAGAGCAGAUGAGAAGCCAUAUUACUUAUUCAACUACCUAUACUUACCUGACUUUCCGAUUGUCUAGAAAAUACCACCAGAAAGCUUGCUACUGUAGAGCGACAUCGCCAUCUUCUAUAUUAGAUUAUAAUCGGACUUCCAGCAGAUCUAUAAUUUAUGUUUAUCAUAUCCCGCCCACAAAGCCAAUGAUAUACGCUAUAUCGCCUACCACUGUUCGCCCUGGAGAGACUAUCCAAGUCAAAUGCAAUUUAACUUCUUUAGGAUAUCCAACAAUUUCUUGGAGAUGGUUUUGUGAUAAUCAAGCUCCCAGUUAUGGGACCACAAUUGAGUUAGAAACUUAUUUGAGCUUAAAUGUAAAUAACAGAAGCAUUGGAUGUAGAUGCAGAGGAACAUUUUCGAACUCUUACUAUGAUCAUCAAUAUGAUGAAUAUUCCAACCUUGUUCAGUUUUUGGUAUUUCCCAUUCCCGAUGAACCUCCUGUCUUGACUUUGCUAACACCAAUGGACGUUAGUGAAGGUGAAGAUGUCAGCCUUUUAUGCUCAGUGCCUAAACUGAGCAAUCUUGACGUUUCUUGGGCUUGGUACUGUGGAAAUCAUAGGCUUCCUAGCGACAGGGCGGAACAGAGUGGGGCCAUUACAAAAAUAUCAUUCAAAGCAGAAAUGAAAUAUCAUCAGCAGUUCUGUUACUGCAGAGCAAAUCAGUCUCUAGUCCAUUAUGUUGCGUAUUCAAAUCUAAAAAGGAUGACCAUUAUAACUGAAGUUACCACAUCAUGCCUCUCGCCCGUGACUUUUGGUUCAACAACUGGUCUUCUCCUUGCUAUCAUAGUAGCAUUGUUCACUGUCGUAGUACUGCAGUGUGUGUGGUUGAGAAAAAAUAAUGGGACAAAAGAAACAAAAUCAAGCAAAGAAGUACAUCAAAAUCCUGUGUACUCCAAUGAACCAUCUUACGAAACACUACAAAGGAACGAAACCAACAUGUAACCAAGUAUUAGUGAAUACUUAUCUGUGAUUUGUAGUU